CUCCUCCGCUCCCGCCUCCCCGCCGCCUCUAAUGAGCAUCUCUGCCUUGCUUUCAAUGGGCCGCUGCCGCUGUCGCUGCUGCUGUCCGCGCGGGUUGUGGAUGUUGUCGGCUCCGUGUUGUGAUGACAGGAGAAUGUGUGUGUGUCCCGGGCCCAGACGAAUUGGAAUCCCAGUCCGAACGUCCAGUCUACCACUGUUCUCUGAUGCCAUGCCAGCACCGACUCAACUGUUUUUCCCUCUCAUCCGUAACUGUGAACUGAGCAGAAUCUAUGGCACUGCAUGUUACUGCCACCACAAACAUCUCUGCUGUUCACCACCGUACAUUCCUCAAAAUCGUCUGAGAUACACACCCCAUCCAGCAUAUGCUACCUUCUGUAGGCCAAGAGAGAACUGGUGGCAGUGUACUCAAGGAAGGAGAUAUGCUUCUACACCACAGAAAUUUUACCUUACACCUCCACAAGUCAAUAGCAUCCUUAAAGCUAAUGAAUACAGUUUCAAAGUACCAGAAUUUGAUGGCAAAAAUGUCAGUUCCAUUCUUGGAUUUGACAGCAAUCAGCUGCCUGCGAAUGCACCCAUUGAGGACCGGAGGAGUGCAGCCACCUGCUUGCAGACCAGAGGGAUGCUUUUGGGGGUUUUUGACGGUCAUGCAGGCUGUGCUUGUUCUCAGGCAGUCAGUGAAAGACUCUUCUAUUAUAUUGCUGUUUCCUUGUUACCCCACGAGACUUUGCUAGAGAUUGAAAAUGCAGUUGAGAGUGGUCGAGCACUGCUACCUAUCCUUCAGUGGCACAAGCACCCCAAUGAUUACUUCAGUAAGGAGGCAUCCAAAUUAUAUUUCAACAGCUUGAGGACUUACUGGCAAGAGCUUAUAGACCUCAAUACUGGAGAAUCAGCUGAUAUUGACGUUAAGGAGGCUUUAAUUAACGCUUUCAAGAGACUUGAUAAUGACAUUUCACUGGAGGCUCAAGUUGGUGAUCCUAAUUCUUUUCUCAAUUACUUGGUGCUUCGGGUGGCAUUUUCUGGGGCUACUGCUUGUGUGGCCCAUGUAGAUGGUGUUGACCUCCAUGUGGCUAACACUGGUGAUAGUAGAGCCAUGCUAGGUGUGCAAGAAGAAGAUGGCUCUUGGUCAGCAGUCACACUCUCUAAUGACCACAAUGCUCAGAAUGAAAGAGAGCUAGAACGUCUGAAACUGGAACACCCAAAGAAUGAAGCCAAGAGUGUGGUGAAGCAGGACCGACUGCUUGGCUUGCUGAUGCCUUUCAGGGCUUUUGGAGAUGUAAAGUUCAAGUGGAGCAUUGACCUUCAAAAGAGAGUGAUAGAGUCUGGCCCAGACCAGUUGAAUGACAAUGAGUAUACCAAGUUUAUCCCUCCUAACUAUCACACCCCUCCUUAUCUCACUGCAGAGCCAGAGGUCACCUAUCACCGAUUAAGGCCACAGGAUAAAUUCCUAGUGUUGGCAACAGAUGGGUUGUGGGAGACUAUGCAUAGACAAGAUGUGGUUAGGAUUGUGGGUGAGUACUUAACUGGUAUGCAUCACCAACAGCCAAUAGCUGUGGGUGGGUAUAAGGUGACUCUGGGACAGAUGCAUGGCCUUUUAACAGAAAGGAGAGCGAAGAUGUCCUCAGUCUUUGAGGACCAGAAUGCAGCAACCCAUCUCAUUCGCCAUGCUGUAGGCAACAAUGAAUUUGGAGCUGUCGAUCAUGAGCGACUCUCUAAAAUGCUUAGUCUUCCUGAAGAGCUUGCUCGGAUGUAUAGAGAUGACAUUACAAUCAUUGUAGUUCAGUUCAAUUCUCAUGUUGUAGGGGCAUAUCAAAACCAGGAACAGUGAGUGUGUUACUCUGGCAGUUCUGCUAUACAAAGGGCAGAUCAAUGUUUGAAAGAAACUAAUACAGUAAAUAUUGCAGUGGAUCAUUCUAAACACUUCACAUUUGACACUCUCUAGCUAGCCCAGUAGUCCAGAUAGACUGAGCAGCAGAUAACAGCAUUAUGAGUGUCUGUUCUGUC